ACCGCAGACCCGCGACCCGGAGCAGCUCGGAGGCGGUGAAUAAUAGCUCUUCAAGUCUGCAAUAAAUAAUGGCCUCCAAUAAAAAUACAUUGCAAAAAAUAGGAAAGAAAAAGAAUGGAAAGAGUAAAAAAGUUCAAGAGGCAGAGCCUGAAGAAUUUGUGGUGGAAAAAGUACUAGAUCGACGUGUAGUAAAUGGGAAAGUGGAGUAUUUCCUGAAGUGGAAGGGAUUUACAGAUGCUGACAAUACUUGGGAACCUGAAGAAAAUUUAGAUUGUCCAGAGUUGAUUGAAGCAUUUCUUAAUUCUCAAAAAGCUGGCAAAGAAAAAGAUGGUACAAAAAGAAAAUCAUUAUCUGACAGUGAAUCUGAUGACAGCAAAUCAAAGAAGAAAAGAGAUGCUGCUGACAAACCAAGAAGAUUCGCCAGAGGUCUUGAUCCUGAAAGAAUAAUUGGUGCCACAGACAGCAGUGGAGAAUUGAUGUUUCUCAUGAAAUGGAAAGAUUCAGAUGAGGCAGACUUGGUGCUGGCGAAAGAGGCAAAUAUGAAGUGUCCUCAAAUUGUAAUUGCUUUUUAUGAAGAAAGACUAACUUGGCAUUCUUGUCCAGAAGAUGAAGCUCAAUAAUUGUUCACUUUUUUAUAUAUAUACGUAUAUAUAUUUGUAUAUAUAUAUGUGUAUAUAUAUAUAAUUUGGGUCUUGUUUUUGGUUUACUAGUGUGACGAAAUAACUACAUCCAAUGAAAAUCAAGUUUGAUAUGUUCGUUUUGAAAGUAGUGUUGGAAGAGUUGUUGGGGGUUUUUUGCAUCCAUAGCACUGGUUACUUUGAACCAAUCAAUAAAAGCUUUCUGUAAUUGCUUCCUUGAUCAGAAAAGAA